AAGGUCCCGGUGUGCUGCACACUGACACGGAGCCGUUCCACUGUGUUUAGUCUCGUUAGUGGUUUAGAGCGACGGAUAUGAGGAUAUGAGUUAGUUUUCCAUGUGCAUGGGUCACUGUAGCAUUGCUAUCGGGACUGUAAUAGAAUCAGAACUGAGUUUAUUGCCAGGUCUGUUCUCACAUACAAGGAAUUUGCUUUGGUGGUUGAACAGAACAAGGGUUUGGAUCAUGGCUGUUCAGGUCACAGAAUCGGAUCAGAUUAAACAGUUUAAGGAAUUUCUUGGGACCUACAACAAACUGACCGAGAACUGCUUCAUGGACUGUGUGAAAGACUUCACUACAAGAGAGGUCAAAGUGGAAGAGAUCUCGUGCUCGGAGAGCUGUCUACAGAAGUAUCUGAAAAUGACACAGAGGAUCUCAAUGCGCUUCCAGGAAUAUCAUAUCCAACAGAAUGAGGCUUUAGCAGCCAAAGCUGGCUUAUUAGGCCAGCCACGAUAGUCGCAGACAGUGUCUUUUACAGACUUUCAUCCUCAGACUGUAACUCUCCCCCUGCCUGCUUUAUACUGGACUGAUGAGGCAGAGGACGGUGUGUCAGAACAUGAAGUGCUUCUACUGGGUUCAGAUCCUGAGCAAUGGCAGGAGGUCGGUUUCCUGUUCUUCCAAUUGUGAAGACUCACCAGGUCUUAAUCGGGAAUAAAGGGGAAGGUAGUGUUUUUGUUUGGUUGUUUUUUUAAGUAGCAUGGCCUAUGGAUGUAACAAAUAAAACGAUUAAUCAGUCAAAUUUUA